GCCGUAGGGGACAUACUGAUGACUUUAUUCUGUGUACCUUUCUCGUUUAUUUCUGUGCUCAUUUUGAAAUACUGGCCGUUCGGCGCGGCCAUGUGUAAGAUUGUUAACUUUUCCCAGGCCGUAUCAGUUUUAAUCAGCGCGUAUACACUGCUGGCCAUAUGUAUCGAUAGGUAUUUGGUUGUAACGCGGCCUCUGAGGCCCAGGCUGAGCAAGAGAGUGGCAAAAGUUAUAGUGAGCUGCGUGUGGAUCGGCGCCGUCGUGACUGCAGCUCCGAUAUUCGUGGUGUCUGAGCUGCAGAAACCGUCACUGUGGCACGAAGUUUGUGAGCUGGAUAUAUGCGCGGAGCGAUGGCCGACUCCGCAGCAAGCGCAGCGGUACUCGUGCUUGCUGCUGGCGCUGCAGUUCGCGCUACCGCUGACGGUGCUGGUGUGGACGUACGCGCGGAUCGCCCGCCUCGUGUGGGGCAAGCGGCCGCCGGGGGAGGCCGAGACCACAAGGGACAACAGGAUACAGUACUCGAAGAGAAAAUUGGUGUGGACAUCCCACGAGGAGGAGUGGGCGGUGUGGGCGGGCGCGCCGUACGUGUGGUUCGCCUGCCACUGGCUGGCCAUGUCGCACUCCUGCUACAACCCCAUCAUCUACUGCUACAUGAACUCCAGAUACAGGGAGGGCUUCAAACAGGUAUUUAUCGAUUUAUUCCGACUGAAGGCUCACUCGGCAAGUCGGAACUGCCAUCGAUCAAGCUUUUGUGAGGUCCUUCCAUUGUCAGAAAUGGUUGGCGUUAAUACACUCUACUACGGUUGUGGCAGACACAGGAACGGGAAUGCAGGCGUUGGACCCAUUCUGUGCCGUCAGAAGCAGAAGUAAACGAAAUGAUAAACUUCCCUCUGCUUUCAAAUUACCUGCCAAACCCCUGGCUGUUCAUCAAUAAUAAUUACUUAAUGAGAGUUGUUUCUUCCGUGUUAUUGUUAAAUAUUUAUAGUGUUGAGAGUUUGCAAUGAAGCUUCGGCUUCA